CACAAAGCACCGCGGCCGUUGCAUCCGCCCGCGAAGGCCCUCCAUGUUCGUUCUGAGGUGAUGGAUGCGCUGGCACCGGCAAGACGCAAGACGGCAUCUGCGACCCCCCCGCCGCCGGGUCCGGUUCCGGCUAGCUCCCUUCGCUGGGGCGCAGCUCUGGGCUUGGGUGGAUCCAGGGCCGGCGCGGUGCCUGAAAGUCUUGGUCUUGUCGUCGACGACGUCUGCCCUCACUCGUGUUCGAAGGCCAUGUCCAGCCGCCGCCGCUGCCAUUGCUGCCCCUCGCAGCUGUAGAUCCGCCGCCGCCUGAAGCAUGUGGCGGUCAUGGACAGAAAGGCGCUCCUCGUCCCAUGCGGCCUCGUUCUAGGAUCAAGCUACCUGUCCACGAGUCUGCCCACGUCGUUUGCGCUCGAUCGCCCGUUGCAUACCGUUGGCGUGGUGUUGUUGCUUUCGGGGCUCGCCAUUAUCGCAUACGAAACGUGGGCGUGGAAGAACCGCCGGUCGACCGCCAAUGAGAGAUAUGUCGCGAUCCCGUUAACUGAGGGCAAUGGGCGGCCUUCGUCGGAGGAAGCAUGGCCACCCGAAGAGCGGACGUUCCGGAGAGGCGCGCUCAGCAGGAGGGGACUCGCGGCCCUGCUCGUCCUGCUUCUGUUCGGCCUGUGCGGCCGCAUUGCCCUCUUCUUCGCUGUCAUGAAAGACGUCGCGUGCACUGGGCCGACAGUCAUAGCAUUCCUCCCACUCGUCCUCGCGCUCUACCAUGGCUUCUGCGCGCCCACUCAUCGCCCCGUUCCAGCCUGGAGCGCCGACUCACCUCCGACUUCCCCUCUAGAUCGCAUCGUACAUUUCUUCCUCUACGGCCCGACGCGAUACAUCCUCCCCUCGCUCUUGUUGUCUAUCGCUAGCUUCCUCACCACACUCAAGACAAGCGCGCUGCGCUCGACUUACAUCUGCCCAAUCGCGACCUCCGCAGCCUCCACUAUCCCCAAACUGCAGUAUCUCGGCUUCGUACUAGACUGCGCAUUGGCUUUGAUACUCUAUCGUUUGAUUGACGAGAGUGUCUCGCAAAGCGAGAGCGCUCCGGUUGAGCCCAAGGACGGCACGUCCAUCAACGGGCUAGUUGGAUAUACCUUGAUUGCUUCGGCUCUCGUGCUUGCCGUGGCCGGCAUCGUUGUCUAUGCCGCGAUGCCCGAACACCGUCAAUGGCUGCUCUCCGCUCCUCGUGAAUACCUUCUUAGUCUUCUUCGUUUGUCUUUGAUGAUACCCAUUAUGAUGUUAUGUUUUAUUGUUUCGGCUCGUAUGUACGGCGUCAUGGGCGCUGUUCUGAUUGCUGCAUUUUCAUCUGCAUAUAUCGGCGUUCUUCGGGCACUUGCAACUGGCGUUUCAUAUUCCUUUCCCCCAAAAUCCACCGUCGGCCUUAGCCUCUGCCUUACCCUACUUACCAUAGCUCUCAUACUACAAUUGGUCGCGGAUGCGACCGACGAAACACAAAACCGGCCCAAGAUACCCGUGCGCCUCGGACGAAAUCAGAUCAUCUCCUUCGUGGCAGUUCUCGUCUUCUUCUCCGUCGGCGUCGCCAUUUACCGCUACCAGAAACCGAUUCCGGGACACCCUAUCCCCAUGCUGAUGGCCACAGCAAACGAUCAGCAGGAACGAUGGGCAUCUCAAGCCCAUCAGAGUAAGACAUUAGCGGAAGCUGUGAUUCACUAUCAGGAGCGCUACCACCGGGAUCCGCCACCACACUUCGACAAGUGGUAUGAAUAUGCCACGACCCGGGAUUCGAUUGUGAUAGACGACUUCGACAACAUCGAGGAAGAUUUGACCUUGUUCUCAUCAUUGAGUCCGGCCGAGCUGCGACAGCGCACUGCCGGGGUUCUCGCCGAUAAUGACAGACUAGGUGGUAUUCGUAUCCGGGACGGCAAAGCUGAAGUGUUUGGAAACGCGCCUGGAUCGCAUAAAUGGAUGUUGGAUGGAAUUGUUCAUAUGUUGGACAAGUUCGUUGAGUUUGUGCCUGACAUGGACCUCGCCUUCAACCUCAACGACGAACCUCGCGUAGCUGUGCCGUACAAGCAACUCCAAGAGGCGCGUGUCCACCGAGAACACUAUCCAUCGCACACCUCUGCCGAUGGCACCAUCGACUUCCGCCCAGAUCGCGCCUCUACCUGGCUCCAAACCACAGAACUACCGCAAGCUCCCCCGUUCUUCGAAAAUGCCUGGAUGAAGUCUUCAUUCCAGACUUACGGUUCCACGGCAUGUCCUACAGACUCACGCGCACGGAAAGACAGGCCUUGGGACACGGGUAUCUUUUGCUCCGCCUGUGCAGCCCCUCACUCUAUGGGUGCCUUCGUGGCCAACUGGACGAGGUCGGCAAAUCCCUGUCAUCAGCCCGAUAUUGCCAACCUUCACGGGCUGCAUCUCAGUCCGGGGACUCUCGCUGGUACGCAUGAGCUUGUUCCCAUCUUUAGCCAGAGCCGCGCGCCGGGUUACGCCGACAUCAGAUAUCCCUCCCCGUGGAACUACAUGGAUAAGACGAAGUAUGAGUUUGGCGAGAAAUUUCCCGAUCCGAGAUUUCUUAGAAAAGACGAUAAACUCUUCUGGCGUGGCGCCACAACCGAGGGUUUGAGCACUGCUGGGUCAUGGAAGGGUAUGCUGCGUCAACGAUUCGUCCAUUUGCUCAACAACGAGACCUCUCGUCAACCCAUAUUCCUCCCUACCGGAAAUAAGAACGGAAAGCUGGAGUAUGUCAUGGAACGCCCAGAAACGAUCAAGCAGCUACUGGAGACCAAGAUGGAUGCCCACUUCGUCAACGAAAUCAAUCACUGCGGCGGACCGGACUGCGACGAUCAAGCCCGCGAGUUCGGCUUCGGUAACACGAUCGACUUCAAGAACCACUGGCGCUACCGCUAUCUCUUUGAUGCGGACGGCGCGGGGUUCUCGGGCCGCUUUAUCCCCUUUCUGCAAUCCAACAGUGUGGUCUUCAAGACAGCCCUGUUCCGCGAAUGGUACGAGGGUCGCCUCAUAGCUUGGAAGCACUUUGUUCCGGUUGAUAUACGACUGCACGAUCUGUUCUCCUCGCUUGCUUACUUUGGCGGAUAUAGCCUGCAGGAGAAAGGAUCGAGGACAAUGGAGCCGAAGAUCAAGGAGGCGGAGAGUAUUGCGCGGGCCGGAAAGGUGUGGACGGAGAAAGUGCUUAGGAAAGAGGAUAUGGAGAUCUAUAUGUUCAGGUUACUGCUUGAGUGGGGUCGCUUGACGGAUGAGCGCAGAAAGGACGUUGGAUUUCGGAUGGAUACCCGGGGUAGGAAGGGCAAGGAUAAUGGGUAGUUGGUAGGCACGACAAGGCUCAAAAUAUCUCGUUUCUCUUCAAAGGCACAACUGACAUGAUGAGUACUUUUUAUCUACUAGGACUGGGGUAUGCCUCGAGAGGGUGUAACUCCGCUUCUUCUAAUUGUGGGGCUGGUUAUUCACAGCGUUGACAAUGAUUCAGCCUUGUACUACUACCUGAUGC